CUUUGAAUUUUGAACCGUACGGAGAAUCCCUUUCCCGGAGCUUCUCUGCAUCAAGAUUUACCGGCAGACAGUCUCCAACCGGAGUUUCUCUGGGCUCGGAUAAUAGUGUUGAGACAGGACAGAAAGAGAACAACAGUCUGAAGCUCGAAGGCAUGGGGAAAGCCGACCCCGCAGCCCAGAGGUUUACCCAGAAAUCUAAAGCGAAUGAAGCCCUCCCUAAUGAGAGUUCACCGCCUAUGGAAAGCACCCCAGCCGCUUCCCUAUUUCAGGAAGGGUUAACCGGAAAGAAGGACCUUUUUGUAAACAACGGACAUCUCAAGUUCAGGAAAGCUUCCCUACAUUCUCCUGAAGUGCCCGAAUCCAAGGCGAUGCUCGAUCGCUCCCAUUCGUUUCCGGAAGUCUGGAAAGAGGACCGCCUUCUGAUUUUUUUAUUUCUCGCCAAUAAAAGCCCUUCCAUUCUGAAAGACGUCAAUCUGGAAUUGCAACACUCCGAACAUUUUAAGAUGGUAGAAAAUUUUGGCUGCCAACUUGCUGUGAUAGAAGGUAAAACUAUAGAAAGUUUCCAGAUGCGUGUAGAGAUGGAGAAGCCUUGCUCUUUAGGAAAAAUCUUUGGAUGCAUCAGUUAUCUGCUAGAAUUGGACGUCCAGCUCAGAUUCUCUUUCUCUUUGGAGCUGCUGGAUUUUAUUAGGUAA